UUCCUCUUUUCUUUUGUCUCCACUGUUAUCUAAGCAUAUUCAUCAUGUCACGUAAGGCUCGCCAUUCGUCAGACAUCAGGCACUUGUGAUUGGGCAGCAUCCCCGACAGGCCUCCACAACUUCCUUCCGCUUGGAUAUCCAUAUAAUCUCCAACAAUCAAGAUGACCAUCCUCGAACGAAAGCUCCAUGCUGACCUUGGCACUGCUCUCCUUGGCCGGCACUGCCCUCGCAUCGAUAGAGGGCAACAAGGCUUACGACUCGCCCUCUCAUCGCAUUCCUCAGCUGGCCCUUGACCGUAAGAUCGUCGAAAGCAAUCACAAGAGAUGGGAGUAUUAUGAUGGCCAGCUCAACUUCCCUUACGGGGUAGCUUCCGGUGAUCCAUAUCCCAACUCUGCCAUCCUCUGGACACACCCUGUUCCUUCCACCGACGACUCCCGACCUGUAUGUCUCGAGUAUCAAGUCAGCACUUCGAACAGCUCUUGGUCCGAGCUCGUCACCUCGAAUCAAGUCUGGACGACCCAAGACGUCGACUACUCCUACAAGGUAGAAGCUGGGAACCUUGAGCCGAAACAGACGUACUUCUAUCGCUUCGUCAAUUGCGCCGACAAAGACAACGUCUCGCCGGUUGGUAGAUUCAGAACGAUCCCAUAUCAAGACGAUGAUGAUAUAGACUCCUUAUCUUUUGCUGUCUAUUCUUGCUCAAACUACCCCUUCGGUUUCUUCAACGCUUAUGGCAAUGCUGCUCGCCGAGAUGAUGUUGACUAUGCUUUGCACGUUGGUGAUUACAUAUACGAGUAUCAGGGAGACGGAUGCGAAGAUGGCAACGCGUGCUACGGUGAUGGGCGUGAUAUCGAUCGCGUCCCCCUCCCCAACCACGAAAUUUUCACCGUCGACGACUACCGACAGAGGUACAAGACUUACCGCUCCGACCCCGACCUCCAGCUCCUCCACCAAAAGCACGCCUGGCAGCUGAUCUGGGACGACCACGAAGUCGCCGAUAAUACCUGGAUGUCUGGUUCUGCCGAUUCAAACGACACUAUCGCCGGGACUUAUUACAAUGUUUCUUUCACGCAGAGGAAGGCGAAUGCGGUCAAGGUCUACUUUGAGUGGCUUCCCAUCCGAACGGUGGAGACGGAUGAUAGUUUGAGAAUCUGGAGGUCUUUCCAGUUCGGUACCCUUGCCGACCUCUACAUGCUCGACACUCGUCAAUAUAAUCGUGACUUGACCGACCUUUACUAUAACACUAUCGACGUCGAAGCUAUCGCUGGACAGGAAGCAAGGACCCUCAUGGGUGGAAGACAAGAGAACUGGUUGUACAACGGUCUUAAGGAGUCGUCUUCCCGAGGAGCGCAGUGGAAGAUCAUUGGGCAGCAGAUUGUCUUUGCCAACAUCAACAGUGCAAAAGACACCACCAAGGAAGACUUCAACGUCGACGCUUGGUCCGGUUAUCGAGCAAACCGUCAAAGAGUCCUCGACACCAUCUCCCAAAAUAACAUCGACAACGUCCUCAUCCUUUCCGGCGACUCUCACGCGAACUGGGUGUCUGAUCUGACUUAUGAUGACUUGAGGGGAUAUGACGCUAACAGCGGCAAUGGGUCGCUUGCUGUCGAAUUUGCGGGCACUGCUGUGUCGUCUCCAUCAUCCCUCGGCUACAACUCCACCCUGAAUGGCCCCUAUCCAGCCGAGUAUUAUACCAACAUCUCUUCGAUUCUCGUCAACAACAACCCGGAGCUACAGUGGCAAGAGGGUGCUACCCGUGGAUACUGUAUGUCGCACCCCCUCUUCCAUUUCCCUUGACGAGCUGAUCGCUUCGACAUGCAGUUGAGCUGCACCUCUCCCGUACAAACGCUACAGCCAGAUUUUUUGGUAUCUCGGACGUGCGUAGUCAGCAUGGGAACGAGACUGUGCUUGCCGAAUUUGUGGUGCAGAACAAGGCGAACAAGCUGGAGAGGCCUAUUGCUGGUGGGAAGGUUGAAGGAGGUGCUCUGAAGUACAAACAGUGAUGUUUUAUGGGGGAACGUUAGCAAUGUAUAUGGGAUUAAUGUGGGGAUAGAGGGGCGACCGGAGGGGAACGGCAAAAUACCUCUUGAUGAUGACGCUAUACCGUCAAGCACUAUCAAUGUAUGUAAUGCAGCUC